AUGGCCGUCUAUGCCCUCACGGGUUUCUCGCUCGUCAGCCUGCUCAGCUUUGGCUAUUUGUCUUGGGACUGGAUGAAGCCCAGUUUGGUGGCUGAUGUGGCCACAGACCCCAUGGAGAAAUCACUGCCUCCCACCUUCACCAGGCCACCCCACAUCAUCUUCAUUCUGACUGAUGACCAGGGCUACCAUGACAUCGGCUAUCACGGCUCAGAUAUCCAGACGCCGACGCUGGACAGGCUGGCAGCAGAGGGUGUGAAGCUGGAGAACUACUACAUCCAGCCCAUCUGCACCCCGUCCCGGAGCCAGCUGAUAACUGGCAGGUACCAGAUCCACACAGGAUUGCAGCACUCCAUCAUCCGCCCUCGGCAGCCCAACUGCCUGCCCCUCGACCAGGUCACCCUGCCACAGAAGCUGCAGGAAGCCGGCUACUCCACACAUAUGGUGGGCAAGUGGCACCUUGGCUUCUACAAGAAGGAGUGCCUGCCCACCCGCCGGGGCUUCGACACCUUCCUGGGCUCCCUGACAGGCAACGUGGAUUACUACACCUACGACAACUGCGACGGGCCGGACGUCUGCGGCUACGACCUGCACGAGGGGGAGGACGUGGCGUGGGACCAGAGCGGGAAGUAUUCCACCUUCCUGUACGCCCAGCGCGUCAGCAAGAUCCUGGCAUCCCACAGCCCCAAGGAGCCCAUCUUCAUCUACGUGGCCUUCCAAGCGGUGCACACGCCCCUGCAGUCUCCCAAGGAGUACAUCUACCGCUACCGCUCCAUGGGCAACGUCGCCCGCCGCAAGUACGCGGCCAUGGUGACCUGCAUGGAUGAGGCGGUGAAGAACAUCACCUGGGCCCUCAAGAAGUAUGGGUACUAUGACAACAGUGUGAUCGUGUUCUCCACGGACAACGGUGGGCAGACCUUCUCCGGGGGAAGCAACUGGCCACUGCGGGGUCGCAAAGGGACGUACUGGGAAGGGGGAGUGCGUGGCAUUGGUUUUGUCCACAGUCCCCUGAUCAAGCGCAAGCGUCGGACAAGCUGGGCGCUAGUUCACAUUACAGACUGGUACCCUACUCUGGUCAGCCUGGCUAGGGGCAACCUGAGCAAUGUCCAAGGCUUGGAUGGAUAUGAUGUCUGGCCUGCUAUCAGUGAGGGCAAGGACUCACCACGCACUGAAAUCCUGCACAAUAUUGACCCCUUGUACAACCACGCCAAGUAUGGCUCCUUGGAGGAUGGCUUCGGCAUCUGGAACACGGCUGUGCAAGCUUCCAUCCGGGUUGGGGAGUGGAAGCUCCUCACUGGUGACCCAGGGUACAGUGACUGGAUACCCCCACAGACCCUGACCAACUUUCCAGGGAGCUGGUGGAACCUGGAGCGUCUCACUGAUGGCCUGAAGAAGUCCGUGUGGCUCUUCAACAUCACUGCCGACCCCUACGAGCGCUACGACCUCUCAGGGCAGCGCCCAGACGUGGUCAGGACCCUCCUGAUGAGGCUGGUGCACUACAACCGGACAGCCAUCCCGGUGCGGUACCCUGCGGAGAACCCCCGGGCUCACCCAGACUUCAACGGUGGGGCCUGGGGACCUUGGGCCAGUGAGGAUGAUGGGGAGGAGUGGGAAGGUGGCCGGGAGUCCCUGAAAAGCAGGAACAAGAAGAAGAAGAAGAAGUGCAAGAUCUGCAAGCUGCGCUCCUUCUUCCGCAAGCUGAACACCAGGCUCAUGUCCAACCGCAUCUGA